GAUUCAAACAUGCGGUGGUUGAUCGUAUUCGGAGUGGCCCUCGUGGCAGUGAGUUGGGCGGAACAAGUGAUCGAAGUGGUUCAGCUGGAACCGGCUGCGGCAGCGGAAGCCAUGCGGAACAAGCGACAGUUGGGAUUUGUGCUGGGACUGGGAGGCAUUCCCGGCGGAGGUUACAAUAAUCACGGAGGACACGGCGGAUUCAGUGGAGGACAGGGAGGACACGGAGGAGGUUACGGAGGCGGUCACAAUCAUGGAGGAGGUGGUCACGGAGGUGGCGGUCACGGAGGUCACGGAAACUAUGGAGGUGGUCACGGAAAUUACGGGGGUGGACAUGGCAGUCACGGAGGUGGCCAUGGAGGCCACGGUGGUCACGGAAACUAUGGUGGUGGACAUAAUAACUACGGAGGUGGACACGGAGGUCACGGGAACUAUGGAGGAGGUGGUCACGGACACGGAGGGCACGGAAAUUAUGGAGGAGGACAUGGCAAUGGAGGCCACGGAUACCAAGAGCACCACCAUCAUGGACAUCAUUAAGGUUCUGAGAGUUUGUUAAACUGUGAUUGUAUCGAUUACAAAGUUGAUUUGUUACCAAA